UGACAAGUUGAAGUCCAUCAAUAUGGCUGGCUCCUCGAACUUGAUUAAAGCCCCCAACUUUAAUGGAGUUCCAAAGCUUGAGGAAUUAGUUCUUGAAGGGUGUUCAAAGUUACGCACGCUUGACCCAUCCAUUGGAAAAUUGGAAAACCUUAAACUUCUUAAUCUAAAGAAGUGCCAAGAACUAACUAGUCUUCCAAACAAGUUUGAAUGGAAAUCUCUUGUGACUCUUAAUCUUACUGGUUGUUCCAAAGUCAAGAAAAUUCCAGAAUAUGUGGGAAACAUGAAGCACUUAGAGGAACUUCUUUUGGAAGGCGUUGCUAUCAUAGAAUUACCUUCAUCAGUUGAAUGUUUGACUGGCCUUAAUACUUUGAUCUUGAAGAAUUGCAAAAAUUUAGUGCAUCUUCCUAACAUCAUUUGUAGCUUGACAUCGCUUAACAAUCUUAACCUUUCUGGAUGCUCAAAAUUUGACAAAUUGCCACAGGACUUGGGGAAUAUCACAAGUCUAAAGAACCUUUAUUUGAGUGGGACAGCCAUAAAGGAGCUGCCUUCAUCAAUUGAAUUUUUGAAUGGCCUUGAAGCAUUGGCUCUAGAAGAUUGCAAAAAGUUUGUGCUUCUUCCAAGUACCGUUUGUAGUUUGAAGUCACUAAAGGCAAUGUAUCUUUCUAGAUGCCCAAAAUUUGUCAACUUGCCAGAGAACCUCGGGAAUCUCAAACAUCUGAGUAGUCUUUAUUUUGGAGGAACAGCAAUAGAAGUAUUGCCAUCAUCUGUUGGACAUUUGACUGCCCUUUGGGAUUUAAACCUAGAAGAUUGCAAAAAUCUUGUGUGUCUUCCAAGCACCAUUUGUAAUUUGAAGAGGGUAUAUCGUCUUGAUCUUACUGGAUGCUCAAAAAUUACCAACUUGCCAGAGAACCUGGAGAAUAUGGAAAGCCUAGCGGAGCUUUUUUUGGGUGGAACUGCUAUAAAAGAGUUACCUUCCUCCACCAUUAACCUUAAACAGGUCAUGCUUAGUUUAUCUUUCAAGGGAUGUCAAUUGUCAUCAUCUUCAUUGACAUCUAUGCCAAGAGGUCAAUAUAUAGAUCUCAGUGACUGCAACCUUUCGGCAAUUCCAAGCGGUAUUGACCGCAUCCCUAUGACGGAGCGUUUUGUUUUAUAUCUAAGGGGAAAUGAUUUCGUUUCCCUUCCUGAAAGCAUCUCUCAAUUCUCUGGACUGAUACGUCUUUACUUGGAUGGUUGCAAAAGCCUUCGAUCAUUAUCAAAUAUUCAGAUUCCGUCACAAGUUGAAUUUAUAUGCGUAGACAAUUGUACCUCACUGGAGAGAUUGCCAGAAGGCCCAGAACCACUAAAUGAUUCCGUCCGAAAUAAUUUCACUGUCCAGUGUUUCAACUGCUUCAAAUUGGCUGAAAAUUUUCAAAACUUCAGUAACAUUUUUCAGGGACAAAGUUGUAAACAACUUGAGAAAUAUUAUAUUAUUCCUGGAAGGGAAAUUCCGAAAUGGUUUGAAAAAGUGAACAUAUGUGAUACUUCAGUUGGCCCUCGUUAUGGACGUGGGCCUUAUGAAAAAAAAAAAGUGAAGAUACAAUUGCCUGGGUCUGGGUCAGGGUGUGAUGAGUGGAGGGGAAUUGUUUUGUGCGUUGUUUUAUUACCCUUACCCAUCGAGCGUCAUUAUGCAUACCGACGCAUUUUUGUGAAUGGAUCCCAUACUUCCUUUUAUUUGAGGUCAGAAUAUGGUAAAGUUGAAUCGCAUCACCUUUGGCUGCACAGUGUGUCCAAGAACAAAUUCCGCCUUCCGAAAACUCCAGGUCGCUCUAUUGAUAAGAAGGGAUUCCAUCAAGUUGAGCUUGAAAUACAGAGCUGGGGCUUCGAGGUGGAGAAAUUUGGGUUUCGUGUGGUAUAAAAGCAAGACAUUGAAGAUCCCUAUUGAGAUGUGAAAUAGAGUAUGAUGACACUUUCUUCAGUUGGUGAUGAAAUCUAGGGUUUGAAGAUCCCAACCAAAAUAAGCGAAGCCCAUGAUGAGGAUGAUGGGGAAUUCUUUUCCUUCACUUCUUUAACCUGCUUAUCAAAGAGUUCGACAGACAAGCCAAGGAUUUGGAGGGUAGAAAUGAUCCAGACACUAACAAGAUGCUGAAUGAUAAAAAAAAAAAAAGUCAAUGAUCAAAGAGUUGAAUUCAUAUGUUGCUCUUAAAAAGCAUGAGUGCACAAUAGCUACCUGGAGCAUGGAGGUGGAGACAGUAGGGUUCCGUUUGUUAAACAAGCAAGACAUCAAAGAGACAUAGAUUGUGAGGAAUCCAGUCAAGGAGAUUUUUUUUCCCUCUUCUUUUACCUUUGAUGUUUUGUGUGUGUUUUCAUUUUCCUUUUGCAAAUGGUCCUUGGAUCAAAUACUGUCUCCUCCCUAUCUAAAUAAGAGGUGGAGGAUAGCUCUUGGAUUGAAUCCCAAGCAGGCUUAUCAAAGUGUUCAACAAACCAGCCAAGGAUUUGGAGAGUAGAAAUCAUCCGGACACUAACAAGAUGCUGAACAAGAAAAAGCAGUCAAUGAUCAUAGGUUGCUCUUUAUAAGCAAUAUGCGUCAAAUCUUGAAAACAAAAGGUAGAAUCGUUCUCUUUGAUGAAGGCACUGAAGGAUAUAGGGAAGAUAAUGCCUUGCUAGCAUCGUAUAUGUGUCAAAUCUUAAAAACAAGAGAAUUGAUCUCUUUGAUCAUGGCACUGAAGGAUAUGGGGAAGAUAACGUCUUACUAGCAUCGUUUAUGAAGCAUAUUUAAUGCUAAGGCAGUGGCUAUAUGCAUGCUGCCAUGACAAAUCAACAGCUAAUGGAUAGUGGAAACCGGAUGAUGGAUGAGACUGAUCAAGCCAUUGGAGGUCAAAAAAGACUGUACAAGACACCAUCAAUGUUGGAACAGAAACUGCAGCAGCACUCAAGGAUCAGACUGAACAAAUGAGUUGGGCUGUUAAGUGUUAAUGAGCUGGACUAUCCAUUUCUUGAUCAAGAAUGCUUCUCAACUUGUGAAGGAAUUUGGUAGGCAGGUUGCAACUGAUAGGUGUAUUAUGGCAUUACUCUUCCUUAUUAUUGCCGUUGGAGUCAUGGCCAUCAUUAUUGUAAAGCUCGUGAAUCCAAACAACAAGGACAUCAGGGAUAUUCCAGGAUUUGCCCCACCAGCAAUGGGUUGGAAAUUACUUUGGAGUGCUUGUUAUAAAUUUAGAAAAGGAUCAUCGAAUGAGAUUGCAAUGAUGAUUUUCCAUCUCAUGGAUGGAACAUCAGCUUAGUUCGUGAUGCUGCUGGUAACGCCUGUUUUAUAGAGCUGGUCUAGACUCUAGUUGAGUAUGGAUUUCUUUCUAGUAAUUUUUCUGCAGAGUGAUCAUACUUUCCCGAAUAUUAGUCUCUCAAACUACUGCUGGGAUUCAUUAGCUCCAAUUGGAAGUGGUCUGUGUGAUUAUUUCUUCCCCGACUGAAAUAUCAUUCCUAUUUGAGGAAAACUGGAAAAAUGUGUAGAUCGUGUUGUUUCACACCAUGAUUUGCUACACUUAUAAGAUAUUUGAUCUGCACUUCAUAAUA